AUGUGUGGACGGUAUGUGCUCUCAAUGCGGCCGUCGCAGGUGCGGCAGCAUCUAGUAGAGCAGAACAUGCCGGUCGAAGAAGCUCCCAGCGAUGAGGACGAGCGAGUCCGGACGUCUUGGAACUUCGCCCCAGGAUACCAUGGCCUGAUCUAUCGUGCCCAGACCAACAAUCGAGGAAGCGGACAUGAUGGCAACCAGGGCGAAGAAGGGAAUGAUUCUGGCGAGCCAUCACCCAAGAAAAGCAAGCUCUCUCAACCCACGUCUCAGCCAACAGUCGAUGGGCUCGCAACCCAAGAGACGAAGUACAAGCUACAGGCUGCCAGAUGGGGCCUGAUUCCAUUCUGGACCAAGCGCCCUCCCGACUAUGGCAGCCAAAUGCGUACAAUCAAUUGCAGAGACGACAGCUUGAUCGAAGACCGGGGGAUGUGGAACACCAUGAAGAAGCGGAAACGAUGCAUUGUGGUAGCAGAAGGAUUCUACGAGUGGCUGAAGAAGAACAACGGCAAGGAGAAGAUACCACACUUCACGCGGCGGAAAGAUGGCCAACUCAUGUGCUUCGCUGGACUUUGGGAUAUGGUUCAAUACGAGGGCAGUGAAGAGAAGCUUUAUACCUACACAAUCAUCACCACGGAUUCCAAUAAACAACUCAAAUUCCUUCACGAUCGUAUGCCUGUCAUUCUGGAGCCUGGUAGCGAGGCGAUGAAAGCGUGGCUAGACCCUAAUUUUGUCGGAUGGUCCAAGGAGCUGCAGAUUAUGCUGAAGCCGUUUCAGGGCGAACUCGAAUGUUACCCGGUCGACAAAGCUGUUGGCAAGGUUGGCAACAACAGUCCAUCAUUUAUCGUUCCCAUUAACAGCAAGGAGAACAAGAAGAACAUUGCGAAUUUCUUCGGCACUCAGAGAGCCACCGCGAAAGAGGUUGCUGCGAAGAAUGAGGCUGCUCGGAAUGAUGGAGAGCACAGCAAUGUCAAAAUCGAACAGCAUCCAGACGAGGACCGCAAGACAACCGUCAAAGUCGAAAAUACUGAAGACAAUGCGCCAUUGUCGAAGCCUGAAGACGAGCCCGAGGAAAAGUUGUCUCAGCAGAUCAGGAAAGAUGCUACUGAAAUCAGCGAUCAAGACAUCAUCAAUGCAGCUGAUGCACAAGUUGAAAGAGGCAUCAAGCGCGAAAUAUCCGAGAUCGAAGACGCUGACCUGCUCAAGGCAGCACAGAGCCCUCCAAAGAAGGCUGUCAAGACGGAGAAAGCAACACCAUCUCCUGUCAAGAGUUCGCCAAACAAGAUCAGUGGCAGUCAGAAGAAGCGCAGUGCUACGUCCAACAAUAAUGUCGCCAAAACGCCAGCAAAAGGAGGCAAUGCCAAAAUUACAAGCUUCUUUGGCAAGUGA